GAUCUUUACGCCAGACACACCUCACCUGCAACAAGGUCACGACAUGUCUUGAAGCAGGUGGUCGUUGUAAUGCAACUUGCAACUUCACAGGAUUCCCAAACACAUCUUUUUUUUUUUCUUUGAUAAGCUGCACGUGGAGUGUGACAUGUCGAAGCGAUGAAUAAUUAGGUGCCCCGGGCCGCUGCUCAGGUGCCGCAUCCUGGUUGUUGCAACUUGGCCGCUUUGUCUGAAUGCAACACCGUGCCGUCACCGUCAUCAAGCUCCCACCAGCACCGGCAUCCCGCCACCUAACAUUUCCUACCCUGAUCAUACCAAACUUCAACUCUGGCUGGCUGCUUCUUGCGAACCUUCACCAAGGCGGAGAUUUUUGUAAUACGAUUUGCAGUAAAAACCGCACUCCUCCAACAGCAACGUAUCCCCCUUCCGCAAGUCGGGCGCAAUGGCUGCCACAACGCCAACACCCAAGUUCAACUCCAAAUCACCCACCAUCCGCCGCAUCCGUACGCAAUCCCUCGCUUCUCUCUCUCUCUCUCUCUCUCUCUCUCUCUCUCUCCAAAGCAGCAGUUCCCCUCUCCCCACCAACCAACUCACUAACUAACCAACCCCCCUUCUCCCCCUUUCCAGUCCGCGAAGCGCACGAGCUCACGACGUCACCGUCGGCCGACUACCACGCGGCGCCGCUCGAGACGGACCUGUUCGAGUGGCACUUCACGCUGCGGGGGCCGCCCAACUCGGCGUUCGAGCGCGGGGCCUACCACGGGCGCAUCGUGCUGCCGCCGUCGUACCCGCUGCGGCCGCCGUCGUUCCGCUUCCUGACGCCGUCGGGCCGCUUCGAGACGAACCGCGAGAUCUGCCUGAGCAUCUCGGGCCACCACGAGGAGACCUGGCAGCCCGCCUGGGGCAUCCGCACCGCGCUGGUCGCGCUGCGCACCUUCAUGGAGACCGACGUCAAGGGCCAGCUCGGCGGGCUCGAGGCCGGCGAGGACGUGCGGCGGCGGCUGGCCGCCGAGAGCGUCGGCUGGCGGUGUGGGGUGUGUGGCGGGAACAAGACGAACGGGGAGAUCUUGGCAGAGUGUGAGGAGCGGGUGAGGGAGCGGGCGGGGGAGGGCGGCGCGGGGGUGGAGGAGGAGGUGGUGGUGCCCGCGGAACUGAAGAUGGGGUGGAGGGACGAGAUGGAAGGGCGGAAACCCGGGGAAGAGGGAAAGGGAAAGGAGAGGGAAGGGGAGGAUGAGGAGAGUGCCAGGUUGGCGGAGGGGUUUGUGCAGACGACGCCUAUGAGCACCAGCGGGGCGGCGGCGGUUGCGACAGGGUCACAGACGGCAGGUGGGAGCGUAGCGGCGCCGAGGACAGGCACAGUGCAACCGGCCCCAAGUCCACCGCCAGUGGCGGCCGGCCCGGCGCUGCGGCAGAUCGACCGGAGGGUCGCCGACGAUGUGCCAGCGUGGCUGGAUCUGCUGAUCGUCGCCGUGGCUAUUUUGCUAGCCGCCGUGGUAGCCAAGGUCAUGCUCGCCUGAUUGCGCAUUAGGGCAGUUGUCCAUCUCCUUUCCACGCAGUGCCGCCUGAUUUCUUGCGCUCUCGGCCAUGCAUGCAUGCUUUUGGGUUUGACACGGAGUUGGGGCGUUGUAUAGACAGUUGUAAUCCCACCGACAUCCCCAGCAUGCUCUCCUGUCACGGAUCAUUCGAACAUGCCUGCAAUCAUAGUCAGCGCGGUAAUAUUUCGUCAGCGCACAAUGGCCCAAGGUGGAGGUCUCGCGGCGAGGUCUAUCAC